AUGGUGACGGGGCUUGCGAAUGGGACCGCCGUGACUGCGGCAGCCUUACCCCAGAGUUACAGGCGGGAAGGCGACUACGUUCUCGGUGGGCUUUUUGAUCUUCACGACUCUCAGGAUGGCGAGUGUGGAGAGUUUAACCCUCGAGGUCUCAAGUGGAUGCAUGCUAUGGUCUUUGCCAUCGAUCAGAUUAACGCCAGGGAUGACAUUCUACCUAACAUCACACUCGAUUCUCUUGCUUGUUAUCCCUCAGGGUUUGACAUAUAUGACACGUGCACUGAUCCCAAUAUCGCCGUGAGGAACUCGGUCUACUUCAUCGCUACACAGGAUUCAUCAAAUUGCGACAGUGAUUCAGGCCAUCAGUCUAUAGCUGCCGUAGUAGGACCGUCCACAAGCAGUGCAGCCGUCUCUGUGGCAAGCCUUUUUAAUCUCUUCACUCUGCCUCAAGUCAGCUAUGCUGCUACCAGUGAUAUACUCAGCGAAUCAAGAUUCAAUUACUUUACCCGGACUAUCCCGACGGACACGUUCCAAGCCCGAGCCAUGGCCCACCUCGCCAACCACUUCGGCUUCCAUACCGUCGCCCUGCUCGGUAACGAUGAGGGGGCGUACGGCGUGAGCGGCGUCUAUGUCUUCGAAGACGAGGCUUCCAAACACAACAUCUGCAUCGCCUACAAGAAGAUCUUCGGCGUCAGCGAUGACCGGUCUGACUUCGAGAGAAUCGUCACUGAUCUCAGACAAAUCCCAGAUGUACGGGUAAUUGUUGCCUUCGCCAACGAAGCUCCCAUGAACCAGCUACUUACCUAUUUCGCUGAGAACAACGUCACCGGCUAUAUGUGGAUAGGCAGCGAUGGUUGGGGAGCAUCAAAAACCGUACUGGACCCAAAGAUAUCUCGGGUUACCAGCGGAAUGAUCGGCGUCUUCCCGCACACUGAGACGAUCCCCAAGCUCGAAGACUACAUUCUCAGUCUGACCCCGAAAUCGUUGGACUACCAGGAUCCAUUCUUGAACGAGUACUGGCAAGACUUCUUCCAGUGUCACUUGCCAGGCGUUUCUGAGAAGAGCGUUUACUACUACGAUCGGAAGUGCACGGGAGAAGAGUCCUUUAACUCUUCCCUUGCCUUCUCCAAUACAUCCUUGGUCUCAUCAGUCGUGGAUUCUGUGGAAGUUGUUGCCCGUGCUAUGCAUAAAGCGCUUUCCUGCAACGAUGUACAGUGUGACACACGUUCAGGCGGUAUCCCAGGGGAAGUUUUGAUUGACUACAUGAAGAAUGUGGACUUCAUGGGCCACUCCGGCUACAGGUUGGCUCCGGACGAACGGGGAAAUCUUGCGGAAGUCGCCUGGUACGACUUCUACAACUUGCAACCAAAGUAUCCAUGCUCGAAUGAGUUCCAUCUAAACAUAGUUGGCCAUUGGAAGGAAGCUGAAGUUUCGAUCUCAAACUUGGAAACGAUUUACUGGCCAAUGACAGACACUUGUACUCUGAAAACUUUAACGCCGACAUCGGUGUGUGGAGAAACAUGUUACCCUGGUACUAGACGUAUUACCCUUGACUUCAGUAGUUGCUGUUGGAUUUGUGUGCCUUGCUCUAAUAACCACUACACUAACGAGAGCAACGCCUUAUCGUGCUCUCCAUGUAGCGAUGAACAGGCAUCCAGCGAGGACCGAACGGAAUGCCUUGACUUACCAUAUACCUUUACAGAACUAACAUCCGAGAUCGGUUUGGCCGUCCUGGCAACUGCUAUCAUCGGCUGGUUAAUAUGCGUCAUCAUCAUCGUAAUCUUCAUGCUCAAGGAAAACACAACCAUUAUUUUCCAUGCCUUCGCGCGCACCUGGAAGUUUGUCCUUCUCGGGAUCACCAUAACGUUCGUCACUGCAACGCUCUCUAUCAUCCCUGCCUCGGAGCUUACGUGCCUUAUCGUAGCUGGUACUCAACUCUUACCUGUAUCUGUCACAGAAGGAAGCCUCAUUCUUGCUGCCUACUCCACGUACAAUCGCAAGCACGUCCAGCUUAACAACUGGGCGCUCUCCAUGAUCGCGGUCCUCUUCGUUCACGGGCAAUGCAUCCUGAUCUGGAUGUUGACCAGUCGCCCCGUCGUCACGAAGACAGUCGAUCGCGACCAACGUCUCGUCUACGUCGACUGCGUCAGCUCGGGGAGCUACGAUGGCAUCAUCGUCAUCAUUGCCUUCUGCAUCACUCUUGACGUCGUCGGGAUAUUUGUCUCCUUCAACAUCCGCAACCGAGACAAGAACUUCCAGGAAGGAAAGUUCAUCUUCUUUUCCUUUAUCAUCCAAGUCAUGGGUUGGGUGACCAUACUGGUCAUCUAUCUCGUUCUACCCAAAGGUCGUCAUUACCGGACUUUUGUCCUCUCUUUCGGCUUAUGUUCUCGAGUGUUGCCAAUCUAG